UAGCUUAUGAUUACCAUAUGUAACCUUGUUAUGUUUUACAUCCGAUUUUCUUCAUUUCCCUGUCUGAAAUGUAAUCAAAUAUGAAAUAGCCAUUGAAAACGAGAGCUGCGUUGAAAUCUAAUAUAGUAUAUAUAUAGAGAGAAGAGAGCUAUCUGCACCAUCUGUUUUUAUUAUUCUCAAAUUUAUUCUAAUCAUUACCCAUUUGAUCCAUCUCCAUCCUCUGAUUUUUAAGACAUUAAGAUUUCUUUCUGAUCUUUUUCUUUCUCUCUACCUCUGUUUCCCACAUUUUCUCAAGAAUAUCCAAACGUAGAAAAAAAAAGAAGCUUGUGUUGGUUGAUUUGGCGCGAACCCUUUUGUGUUGGUUGUGGAUUCUGGUAAAAAAAAGUUUGGGAACAGAACAAUGACGACGACAAUGGAAGCGGUGAUGGAGAUAAGUAUGGUGGACGAUAUCAUAAGAAGAUUACUAGAAGGCAAAGGAGGCAAACAAGUCCAGCUCUCAGAGAUCGAGAUCCGUCAACUCUGCGUUAACGCCCGACAAAUCUUCCUCAAUCAGCCCAAUCUCCUUGACCUCCAUGCCCCCAUUCGCAUAUGCGGUGAUAUCCAUGGACAAUACCAAGACCUCCUACGUCUCUUCGAAUACGGAGGCUACCCUCCUUCAGCGCACUACCUCUUCCUAGGAGACUAUGUCGACCGAGGCAAGCAAAGCCUCGAAACGAUCUGCCUCCUUUUGGCUUACAAGAUCCGCUACCCGUCCAAGAUCUUUCUCCUGAGAGGCAACCACGAAGACGCCAAGAUCAACAGGAUCUACGGCUUCUACGACGAAUGCAAAAGGAGAUUCAACGUCAGGCUAUGGAAGAUAUUCACGGACUGCUUCAACUGUUUGCCUGUAUCUGCUCUCAUCGACGACAAGAUCUUGUGCAUGCACGGCGGGCUGUCGCCGGAUUUGGAGAAUUUGGAGCAGAUUAGGGAGAUUCAGAGGCCUACUGAGAUUCCGGACAACGGUCUUUUAUGUGACUUGCUUUGGUCUGAUCCUGAUCAGAAGAGUGAAGGUUGGUCUGAUAGCGAUAGAGGUAUUUCAUGCACGUUUGGAGCUGAUGUUGUUGCUGAGUUCUUGGAUAAGAAUGAUCUUGACCUCAUUUGCCGUGGCCAUCAAGUAGUGGAAGAUGGGUAUGAGUUUUUUGCUAAAAGGAGAUUAGUGACUAUCUUCUCUGCUCCAAACUAUGGUGGAGAGUUUGACAAUGCAGGUGCAUUAUUGAGCGUGGACCAAUCUCUUGUUUGCUCUUUUGAGAUUCUGAAACCUGCCCCAUCUUCAAGCGGUAUUCCUCUCAAGAAGGUACCUAAAAUGGGCAAGUCUUGAAAUGCAAUAAAGCUUGCUCCCUUAAGCUAGGCUCUGUGCAUAUCUUCAAGAUGUAGGUUAAACUGCAAUGGAGAAGAGAACCUCAAAGACUACUUUAUUUUAGUCAUUAAAAAAGAAUCAUCUGUAAAAAACAAAACCACAUUUUUAAACUUUCUAUAUUUAAAUUGCCUUUCAUGGUUUUGUCUCUUACUAUAUUGAGUAAAAACUGUUUGGUU